GCGGGUAACAUCCUCGGAGGGGAAAAAAAAAAAAAAGAAAAAGUCAUGACGGGUGGUGUAGGGCGACCCGGGCACCAGAGUGGAGAGUAGCGUCGAGGCAAUGAGGGCUCGGCCGGCGACCGGCUGCCACCGGGGGCGACUCGUCCUGGUCGCGGCCCUGCUCGUCGCUUCUACCGUCGUAGAGACGAAAAUCAACGAGGAAAAACUAGUCGAUCGAUGGGCCGAGAGCAUCGGCAACGAGCUAUGGAGAUUGGCGGACGCGGUGUCGCAGCCCAUAGAGCUGCUCCAACGUUACAAAAAAAUGGGGGUCCGUGUGGAGCACAAGUCGGGGGAGGACAUAAUCCAGAAGAUAAGCGAAAACGUUGGCCGGAUGCUCAGCCGAAAGAUGGACGCGGUGAAGUGCCUGUACAAAGAGGCCGAGAGGGUCUCCGAGACCUGGAUGGAGGAGUUUGACUACAAUUUCACGUACUACUCGGCCAAGUACAGCAACGCCACGGACGACGGGGUCUUGAAAGUCCCGAACGUACCCUCGAACAUGCAACACCUCACCUUUUCGUACCAGCACAUGUACGUGGAGCCGGACACGCACUUCAACAACAUAUCGGUAAACACGAGUUUUUCCUCGGUGCACAUACCGACCAACGUGUUCGACAGGCUGCAACGAGUCGGGGAAACGAUACUCUGGUCGAAGAGGCUCGACCACGUCUUCAAACACAACUACCGAUCGGAUCCUGCGCUCAUGUGGCAGUACUUUUGCUCGACGACGGGCGUACUUCGCCAAUAUCCGGCCAUGCGGUGGCCGGUUGGGCUGAAAAAGGACGGCCGGGAGCUCACCGAUACGUACGACUGCCGCGUAAGGAGCUGGUUCAUCGAAGCCUCCACCUGCAGCAAGGACAUGGUCAUCCUCGUCGACAACAGCGGCAGCAUGACCGGCAUGAGCAACACCAUUGCAAAGGCAACGGUGGCGACGAUCCUGUCCACCCUGUCGAACAACGACUUCGUGGCGGUGUUCAACUUCUCGGACACGACGAACCAGGUGGUGCCCUGCUUCCAGGGCAAACUCGUGCAGGCGACCCCGGAGAACAUACGGAAAUUCAACGUGGAGAUCGAGACGAUGAAGCCGGAGGGCGUGGCCAACGUGACCGAGGCCUUCCUCAACGCGUUCGCCCUCCUCGACAAUUACAGAAACGAGUCGCGCUGCGGCACCAACAUGUCCUGCAACCAGCUCAUCAUGCUCGUCACCGACGGCAUCGCGUCAAACAUCACCGAGGUGUUCCAAGAGUACAAUUGGUUCGACAACGGGACGAUACCAGUGCGCGUGUUUACGUACCUGCUGGGCCAGGAGGUGACCAAGGUGCGGGAGAUCCAGUGGAUGGCCUGUCUGAACAGGGGCUACUACGCGCACAUACACACCCAGGCCGAGGUGCCCGAGCAGGUGCUCAAGUACAUUCCCGUCGUGGCCAGGCCACUCGUGCUCCACGGCAAGGUACAUCCGGUCGUCUGGACCCACGCUUACGUCGACAUAUCGCGCUCAGAAAACAUGUCGCCAAUCACGAAAGACAACAAAUUCGUGCCCGAGGGCGUGGAUAUAACGGACGAGGACGAGAUAGAGGUGAAGGACCAGACGACGGGGAACCCGAAGAAUUGGUCGGACCGGCUGUUGAUAAGCGUGAGCAUACCGGUCUUCGAUCGCAAGGGUAACGCAGCGAGCGUCAAACGCGCGGCCAAUCUACUCGGGGUCGUCGGCACCGACGUCCCCCUCAACGAGAUCCGGCGGCUGACAUUGCCCUACAAGCUUGGCGUCAACGGUUACGCGUUCAUUGUUUCCAACAACGGCUACGUCGUCCUGCAUCCGGCCCUCAAGCCCGACUACAUGGGCGAACUCAAGCUCAACUUCAACAGUAUCGAUCUCACCGAGGUCGAGAUACUCGACGACGGCAGGGGACCGAGAGAGCCCGGGGACGAGAUAACGGAAAUACGCCGGGCCCUGGUGAACCACGAGUGCGGCUCCAAGUUGGGCGUCAAAGUGAAACUGCACUACGACGACUCCCGGCGCGUCAAUCUCGAGAGCCGCGAUUACUACUACGCCCCGUUGCCGCUGACGCCCUUCGGCAUCGCCGUUGUUUUGCCCCAGUACGGCAGAUACUACAUCAAGGUGAACAAGGAAAUCGAGAAGCACAGAAACCGCAACAUCUCGGACUACUUUGUCGGGGACAACUGGGGCAUCCAUCCGCAAUGGGUGUACUGUCGGUACCACUACCUCGAGGGCCACGAGUUUGACACGCCCGAGGACGAGCUUCGGCACUUUCUCGCGGUGAUCGGUAACUUUUCGAUGAGCGACGCCGAGCGUUUCCCCGAGCAGUACAAGGCCUACUCCUUCGACCAGAACAGCGGUGGAGGCAGAGCGACGGACGAGCCGGGCAAAUCGUGCGCCAACGCGUACUUCGACCAACUGGGCUCGGACGAGUACGAGCCAGACUGCGGCAGCGACAACCUCGAGGAGGAGCAGGAGGACUACAAGCGCCACCAAAACGACCACUACUGCAACAAGGAGCUGAUGGAGCUCCUCAUAAUGGACGCUUACGCGACCAACGACAGCUUCAACGGUGAAUUCAGUGGGAGGAGGCGCGACGACCGGAGCCUCAUAGCCGACUACGAGGUGUUUAUCCGGUUCAUCGCCACCCAGAGCGGACUCACCAGGUGGCAGAGGAUACGGGACUCGACGGCCGAGAGGAUCGACGAGAGGAUACGCGAGUUUACCAGCCACAGGAGAGCGCUCGACGAGCCCUGGUACAAGGGUGCCAUUUUGCGGAACGAGAUAGACCCCGAGAGCAUAUCCAUAACCGUGCCGCCGAUCAAGGAUACGGAAUCCGGUUGUAACGCGACGGUUACGAUAUCACUGGGUAUAUUUCCGCGCGACGCGGGCAUGAGGGCAGCCGCGGGGGUGUUGGGCAUGCAGUUGCCGAUGAACGCCUUGUUCAGGCGGUUCAUGGCCAUCGUCAGCGAAAAGGUGCCCAUACCCGGUAUGGAUUGUAACAGCAACGUCGUCGAUUGUUACCUGAUCGAUCAAAACGGCUACAUCAUCGUGUCGGAGGCCCACGACCACGACGCCGGUAAAUUUUUCGGCUCGUUGGACCAGACGGCGCCCAUCAUGCGGGCCCUCGUCAACGAGGGCGUCUAUCAGGCCGUUGACAUUUACGACUACCUGGCCGUUUGCACCGACAUCCAAUUCGAGAGCGAGGCCAACGGGCUGUUGAAAACCCCGUUCGUGUGGGCUUGGAAGCUCGCCAGUUGGUUCUUGGCGAGGUUGAUCCUGUUCGCCGGCGACUUGUACGACUUGCCGGCGAUUUUGGCGCAAGAAGAGCCGGAGGAGGAGCCCGACCUGUACGCCGACUACGUCGACAGCGAGGAGGUCGACUUCAAGAAGCCACCGAAGCUGCUGAAGAAGCGCUACCGGCGGCCCUGCGACAUGAAAAUGACCCUGUACAUAUUCAACGAGACCAACGUCAACAGGGUCUUCCACAACCGGCCCGACAGUUGCGCCCUGCCCUUUUACGCCCAAAGGGUGCCGCACACGAAUUUACUGCUGAUUGUCGUGAAGACAGACCGGAGCAGUUGCUACGAUAGGAUGGACGUGCUGCCGUAUGAGAUAUUCCCGUACACGGCGGACAGCGAGAACGCGACCGAGUGGCCCUGCCACAAAAUUCCACUGAACGAUCUGUUCAGGAGAAGACUGGAGCACUGUUUCACGCAUCACGAGGACGAAAACGAGAUCGAGACUUGCGGUGGCCAAAACGGCCUCGGGCCCACCGCUUUUCUCAUUCUCGCCGCUCUAAUCGGAUCGUUGCUGCUACUGUCUAGCUGAUCCUCGUCGUCACGCGAGAGUUUACCAUUUUUUUUUUUUCCUUUUUUUUUUUUUUUUUAUUCCAUUACUGUUACAAUAUAUUACACUUAAGUAAGUACACUUUCGCACUUUUAUCUAAAGAUCCGGCACGCGUGUGUCAACGUAUUGAAAAAAUAUUUUAUUCAAAACCGUUAUUUUCUCGAGCAAGUAAGUAUUUACAUAUGCAUUUUGUUUGAUCAAAUCUAACGGCACACGUGCCAAUACAAUGUUUACGACCAGUUGUCAACUCAGAGGUUUAUCCGUAUACAUUUUUACUUUGCACACUUGUGUAACGCAUUAUAAUGUACUUAUCUGGAAACGGCAUUUGUUUUUCUCAUAUAUAUAUAUACACGUAUGGACUUGUAUUAAUGUUAUUUGUACCAUUGUUUAUUGUUGUAUGCGCCAAAGAGAUUUAUCGAAUAUGUUUACUGAGAGAGAGAAAAAAAAAAGGAGGAA